UCCUCCGCGAGUCCUGCAGCGCACGGAAGAUGGCGGGGGGCAGCGGGGCAUCGACUGGAGACCAGCAGAAGACACCAACAAAAUGUCACGUGCGUAAAGCUGGAAAAAAUUCGUAGAAAACAUCCUUUGAAUAUUAUUUGACGGUAACAGGUUGAACAAAAUAUAUAAAGCCUGGUUAAGUCUUGGUUAGGUCUUGUUAAGUCGACUGGGGACUAACAGAAGGCAGCAACAAAAUGUCACGUGCGUAAAGCUGGCCAGAAUUCGUAGAAAACAUCCUUUGAAUAUUAUUUGACAGUAACAGGUUGAAUAAAAUUUCUUUAAACUUUGUUGUGCGAUUGAUUUUGCUUUUGAAAGUUAAUAGAGCAACGUAGAUCAGAAACCGUUAUACCUCAGCAUGCGCGCAGUAGAUGUGCAAUGGAUUUCGCGCGCGAACUAACAAUGCAUUCCGAAGGUGCUAACGUAAAUUGCGUCUCAGUGCUCGCGUUCGUUCUAGCUCGAAUGUAAAGUGAAUAAUUCCUUUGAUCGAAUUGUGCUAUUCUAAUUAUUUCGUGCAAUUAAUAUAUAAGAAGCGGACUGGUGAAAGUUGAUGAAAGUUCGAAGGGGUGUAAAGUUUUGUAAAUAAAACUUGAUGACGUUAGUGACGCCAUCGUCUGGCGUGCGUUAAAAAUUUGUAGUUCGUUGUUGUGGAAUUUUACUAAUUUUCCUUUGAAUGUUUUACCAGUCUGACACGUGUAUGUACUAUGCACGUGGCGAGUAGUAGAUCCAAGUAGUACGAAUAAAGGUUUAACGCGUCGAGUAGUCGAGUCGAGCGCUGAAUCUACUUGCGUAGUAGUAAUAAAAUUUCUUCGGCGGACUAGCGGUGGGAAUCAAGCCUCGCGAAUCCAUUUCCGUCGCGACAAAUAAAUCAGUGAUUACUUCCUGUUCGAAGCGUGUUCAGAUAAGCGCAAUUGAAACGAACGCAACGAUGAACCAGGAGGAAGGUAAACAAACAUCCGGUUUGGAAUCGUGCACCGUCUCUUCGGAAAAAUUACCGCGAAUUCUGCGAUCCAGCGGUUCCGAUGGGAGGGACGUGAAGUUUCGCUCGCAAGCGAUGAAACGGAGAAUCGACUGUACACCGCAGGACAGUCCACUGAAGCACCUGAAGACACCCGACAGUCGCGGUACGUUCAAAAAUCCAGGAUCUUUCAGAAAGGACGUGAAACUGCAAUGCGGAAGCGGUUCCAGCCACCGGAAGAGCGAGACGCCUCACUAUGAGAGUAUGGAGAGGAUGCAGAAAGUAAGCCCAGGCGGGAAAUUCGUCAACACGUUGCUGGAACAGUGGUCGAAGUAUACAGGUGUUCAAAAUCCUUUUUCGCAGACAGGAGGGGUGCAAGACAGCCCGAUAAUAGAAGAAAUGAAGCGAAAACUCGCCGCAGAGGAAAGGAAGGUUCAGGUGCUUCAGAAGAAGCUGAAAACCUGCGAGGAAGCGAUAUCCUGCAUCUCAGCGUCUCGCGAGGCUGAGUUACAGGCCAAGGAAGAGAUAUUUCGACAACUGAACAGCGAUUGGGAAUCGAUUACCAAUUACUAUUCCGAGAUAUCUGAAAGUUUGAAGAGGUUUCAAGAGUACAAAGACAACUUGUAUAAACUGUAUAACAAUGUCAUUGCCACGCAAGUAUCAACGGUGAAGACGUUGCAAGAAGAAUUGAAUAAGAUGAGACUAAGAGACGAGGAGAAAAAGAACGUCUACGCGGAGAGCGAGAAGAAAACGAUAAUUCAAGAGAAAAGAAUACAGGAAAUGAUGAUAACGGAGACCGAGUUGAAGAAACAAUUGGAGAAUGUUAAGAGUGACUCAACGUCGGAGAGAAAUCGUUUACACAACGUUCACGCAGAAGAGAAGUUAGAAUUGCUAAAGAAACAAGAGAAACUCACGUCGACGAAUGAGGAGUUACAAGGGCAAUUAAAAAAUAUCGCUGAGGAGAAGCAGAAUUUAAUGGAUUCGUUGAAAGAAAGAGAUAAAGAGAUAUCGGUUCUACAAGAAGACGUUGUAACAUUCAAAAAUAAGAUUGAGGAUUUGUUAAGUCAGACUACAGAAUUAAACGAGAAAUACGAGAGAUCGGUUGAAAAGGUAGAGGAAUAUGAAAAGGAAUUGGAAUUCAAAAUGCAAGAAAUUAAUAGACUCAAAGAGAACUUGAACACCAGACAGGAGCUAGAAGUUAGCUUAGCUAAAGAUCUCGACGCGAUUGAAAACAAAUAUCAACAAGCUAAUAACGAUUUCACGAACGUACAGAAUAAAUUAAAGGACAUGGAAGGUCGUAAUGCGGGCUUACAAAGGUCGAUUCAAGAUAUGAAAAAUAAAGCUGAGCAUAAAGCUAUAGAAUUAAACAAAAAAAUCGAAUUUCUAGAGAAGGAAAAGGAGAAAAUACUUUCGGAGAAGCAUAUAAUAAUUCAGGAUCUAGAGAACUCGAGGAAAUUAUUAAAAGAGAAAUAUGAAGCGGAAAUAACGGCUUUAAGAAAAGAGUUUGAUACCAAAUUAUCUGAGAUCAAAUUUCAAACUACUUUCAUGAAAUUGAACAACACGUUGAAUAAAAUGGAUGAAGGAAAUCAAACUACAAAAAAGAAUGAAACAAAAGAAAAUCAAAACGAUUUGAAUGAGAGGGCGCAAUUGAUUAUAGAAGAUUACCAUACCGUAGAAAGUAGAGUAAAAACAAAAAGGAAUCGAGCACAAACUGAUAAAAUUAUUGAAUCGCCAAAGACUACAUCUAGAAAUGAAAGUGAAGACGAGGAAGAUAUAUACAGCUUUACUACUCAGAAAAUGAAUAACAAAUCACAGAAAGUUUCAGAUCACAACGAGAACGUUUCCUACCUUACUCGAGAUAAAAGUCUAAUGCAGCUGAGUAUGGGGUCACAGAAAACCCAAGAAUGGAGAAACGAGGACUCUAGUAGUACAUCAAAGAAAAAGAAAAUUUUUAAAACGCGUGAUACUGGAUUAAGACAAUACGCAAUUACGCGAAAAUCGUUAAAGAAGUAAAAUUUCACACAAUAAGGAUGUUAAAAUUCGAAUUUAAUAUUUAAAUUUCAGUGUUUUACUUAACAGACGUAGUAAUAACCAGUGGUAAUACGAUAAUAUUCUUUAAUAUUAAAUAACAAACAUUUGUAACAGUACAUUAUCAUCAAUAAAACAUAUGUAACAUUUUUUUUACAACGUUACAUGCUACUUUCAUUUUAACAUUUUAACACUAUACUAUUUGGGAAAAUGUGUAUUGCAUACAUAAUGUUGGACCCUUUCUCAAGUAUAAUUGAUAAGUUAACUAUCGUAUUUACAUAUGUAUGUAAAUAUAUUACAGCAUAUUAUACUUUACAGUCAUGUAUACAUACACAUUCCAAAUAACAAUAAGUCCUUCAUAUUCAUUGUACUUACAACUCAUUUUAAUUACAAUUAUUUAUCAAAGGAAGAGGAAGAGGUAUCCCAUUUC